AUGCCUGGAACCAUGAUAUUAAUACCAUUGAACGAUCUCGAAAAAUCUGUAGAGAUGCGAGAAAAUUUAAUAAAAAUUAGAAAACUAAUGAACUACUUUUACAAAAAACAAGAACAAUUAAGUUUUCAGGAAGUUUUAGACAAGUUGAAAUUAAAUGAAAGUCAAUACAUUAACGCAUUAAGAAGCUCUCUGAAAAGAGUACAGGUGUUUUUAAAAAGAAGCAGUUUAGAAGUAGGUAUAAAUAGCUACAACAAAAACAUAUUGCACCUGUUCGAAUCGAAUAUCGAAGUUCAAUUCGUAUUAGAAGAAUGCGAUGUUGCUUCCUAUAUCAUUAACUACGUUGGCAAGGUAGAUGCUUGCUUAUCAAAAUUACUUAGAGAUGCUGCCUCCGAUGCGAAUAAGGAAAGCAAAAAUAUCAAAGAUAAAUUUUGA